AAUUAGAUGGCGAUAGUUCAUUCCUAUGUAAAUAGUGCAGUUUUUAAACAAAGAUAGGAGAGCUGUGAUUUAUAAGCAGUCGUCAACUGUUAUGUCGAAUCAGUGUGUGCAGUAUCCUAUGUUGCUACUAAUAAACAGUAAAUGUGUUUCAUGAUAUAUUUAUGAAAUUAAAGAGCACACUUCCACGAAUUCGAAGUCGUUGAGGACGUGGACUGGGAGUCUCAUUGCAGCGAAAAUGUGGACUGAAGUGAAUGCAACUUUUCGUCAGCCACUUUGCCUUGUGCUGUGUCAUAUGGACUUCCAAAAUAGUGAGGUAGCGCAGCGGGCCCCGGGACAGCCGGCGCUGCCCAUUCACGAGCAGACGGGGUUCCCUCGCACCGCGCCGAGUCUGCCGCCGCCGGAGAACGGGGCGCUCGGCGGGAUGUACGGCGGGCCGCAGUUGGCGUACGUGGGCGGGCCGCAGCCGCCGCCGCUCAUGCCCGCGCUGCGCCCCGGCGCCGAACCCAGGGGCCACGGCAAGAAGCUGGCCAGCCGCUGUCGCCUGCUGCGCACCAGCCUCUCCUACCAGACCAAGCAGUUCUUCGACAACAGCACCCUGCACGGCGUGCGCUACAUCCGCGAGGAAGGGCGGCCGUUUUGCGAGAGGUUCAUGUGGUUCUGCUUCACGUCGAUCGGCGGCGUGGCCACGCUCAUCAUCAUCGCAUCCCUGUGGGAGAAGUUCCAGACCAACCCCACCAUCACCGGCCUCGACACCGACUUCCACAACUGGGACGUGCCCUUCCCGGCGGUGGCGCUGUGCCCGGUGCACGCGGGAAACCACUCGGCCAUCGAGGAAUACGUGCAGGCUAAUUACGAGGGCGACCCGGACGUUUUGGAGUUUCUGAAUGCUGUGGCAAAUUUUUCCUAUCGUGGGAUACCGGCCUUUAAGAACAUCGUGGAGAAGAAAAAAGGAAUGCUGACCGAUAAACCCCUACGAGAAUAUCAAAAAAUGGUGUACAUCCAGAGCAACGACGAAGCGCCCAUCGUGGACGUGUCGCCGCAGCACGAGUGGAUGUACCAGCUGAAGAAGCUGUCCUUCUCCGCCAAGCAGACGUACACCACUUCGGACGCGCGCCAGCUGUCCAUCCGCCAGCGCCGCUGCGUCUUCCCCGACGAGAUCAAGCUCGACACCGACUCCAUCUACACGUACACUUCGUGCAUGAGCCAGUGCCGCCUGCGCCGCCUGCUCAAGCUGUGCGGCUGCGCGCCCUUCUUCUACGCCACCAUCAGCGUUUAAAAUGGAAAGUGCAUUUAAGAUUGCGAGUUGACUGAAAGCAGUGCAAGAUGCUGAUGCGAGGCGGCGGUGGC